GCUGGGCUGCCGGUGUCAAAACCCAAAAUAGAAGGAAGUCGGAAAUCGUAAUCCGAGUUGGCUCACAUUUACAAUAUACACACACGAGACACACAUAUUAAACACAUACACACAUUAUGACUACACUGAGGCCUUUCACCUGCGACGAUCUUUUUAAAUUCAAUAAUGUCAACUUUGACCCACUUACGGAAACCUAUGGACUAUCCUUCUAUACGCAUUAUCUGGCAAAAUGGCCAGAAUAUUUCCAACUUGCCGAGUCGCCAAGCGGCCAGAUAAUGGGCUAUAUCAUGGGUAAAGUGGAGGGUCUUUCCGAUAAUUGGCAUGGACAUGUUACGGCUCUGACUGUAUCGCCUGACUACCGACGCCUGGGACUGGCAGCCUUGCUAAUGAACUUUCUGGAGGAUGUAUCCGAAAAGAAGCGGGCCUACUUUGUAGAUCUUUUUGUAAGAAAAAGCAAUCAGGUGGCGAUCAAUAUGUACAAGAAUUUGGGCUAUAUUAUAUAUCGAACUAUACUCGAGUAUUAUUCGGGCGAUCAGGAUGAAGAUGCAUAUGAUAUGCGAAAGGCUAUGUCGCGGGAUGUCAAUAAGAAAUCGGUUAUACCAUAUACGCAGCCAGUACGAUUGGAAGAUAUAGAUAUGAAUUGAUAUCAACCCACCUCUGCCCGCAUUCGCAUUUAUGUCUAAAUAACCAAAACAAAUCCAAAUCUCGAUUUCGGAGCGAUGACCGACCGUAUUCCAUAUCAAUAACCUUACAACUUAACACACACCCACACACACACACACAUACACAACCACUUUGUGAAUGCGGAAGACCAACGUCAGUCCUUUAGUUCAUUUCCUUUCUUAGAUUUCUUUUUUCUGUUCUUUUUUUUUAAAGCUAAUUACUACAUGAAGUUUUUUGUAGCUAAUUCACAGUAUUCCAAAUUGAACCAGUGGUAACAUUUAAACUAAAUUUUUUUGUUGGCUAACAUUAGAAUAUCAAAUUGAGAUUGGAACAUCUCUCCCAACCCCCUUGACCUCGAACUCAAAACCUGUUAAAAUUGGCUUUAAAUUACGUUAUUUUAAUUUUGUUGCUGUGGCUGUUCCGUAAAUUGAUUAAUAUUUAUAUAUAUAUAUAUAUAUAUCCUCUAAUUCAUUUGGAUAUUUCAAAACUUUUUUCGAAAAGUCGAUGCGUAAAUAACUCAUCAGUUUGCAAGGUAACCAUGCGCGAAUUGCGAAGAGAAUUGAGACACGAACAGCAGAAAGUUCAGCAAAAUCUAUAACCUUUUGGAAAUAAACGCCACAACAUCGUUUUAGAAAUUUAA